UGUGCUGAGCGCGGCCGCUGGUGGCCUCCUCUGUGGUGGAAACGACGGAUGGCGGUCCUCCUGGCCCUCCUCGGGGCCCCCUGCCUGCUCUUCCUGGGGGUUGGGCUGUGGGUGAUCUGCAGCCAUUUCUUCACCGUGGACAUCCCCGUGGCCAUCGGCCACCCUGUGAAGGUGUGGAUCUUGAACUGCGGGUUCCAGCUGCUGGUGGCAUGGGGGAUGAUUCUUGAGAAACUGAGAAUCUGUUCGAUGCCCCAGUUUAUCCAAUUCGUGCACGACCUGCUGCCGUUCAGCAAGGAUCCAGAUGUGGUGGUCACCGACCUCCGCUACGGGACCGUCCCCGUGAAGCUGUACCAGCCCAGGAGGACCUCCCGCCGACUCCGGCCCGGCAUCCUGCUGUUCCACGGCGGUGGGACGAUCCUCGGGAGCUUUAGAUUGUACCACAAAAUAUGCUGUCGUUUGUGCAAGGAGAGUGACUCGGUGGUUUUAAUAAUUGGAUACCGCCUGGCGCCCCAGCACAGGUUCCCGUCGGCCAUAAGAGACUGCCUCGUGGCCACUAUCCACUUCCUGAAGUCCCUAGAUAUGUAUGGGGUAGAUCCAGCCCGGGUUGUGGUCUGUGGUGACAGCGUGGGAGGGGGAGCGGCCGUGACAAUUUGUCAAAAAUGUAUGGCUCGGUCAGAUCUGCCCAAGAUCCGGGCUCAGAUUCUGAUCUAUGCCACUCUCCAAGUCCUGGAUUACCAACUGCCGUCCUUCCAGCAGAACAAGAAUGUCCCACUGCUCACUCUGGACUUUGCCUUCCUCUGUAUGCAUUAUUACCUGGACAUAAGCCCCCAAUGGAAAAGCGCUAUCCUGAAGGGCGCCCAUUUGCCUGCCCAAGUCUGGGAAAAGUACAGAAAGUGGCUGAGCCCGGAAAACAUCCCAGAGAGGUUUAAGAAGACAAGCUACCGCCCGGUGGCCCAUGCGCCCCUGAAUGAGGAUGCUUACCUGGAGACAGACCUCCUUCUGGAUUUGCUGCACUCGCCGAUGCUUGCAGAAGACGAAGUUGUGUCUCGGCUCCCAGAAGCCUGCAUCGUGAGCUGUGAGUAUGACCUUCUCCGGGACAAUUCACUGCUGUACAAGAAGCGACUGGAGGACCUGGGCGUCCCAGUGACUUGGCACCACAUGGAGGAUGGUUUCCACGGGGUGCUUAACACCUUCGGUAUGGGCUGCUUUCAACUCCCCUGCGCCGCGAGGAUUCUGAAGGUCAUGGUCCAGUUUAUAGAGGGGCUGUGAGAGUGUAGGUCCCGCCAUCAUCCAGUUCCUUAUGGGUCUCUCUGUUGCAGGUGAUGCUGAGUGGGGCCAGGGAAACUAUUGAGAUUGCCAUCUUCUUCUUUAAAACAAAAAACAAACAAACAAAAA